AUGGAUGAAGAUAAUAGUUUGAAUAUUCGUAAUUGGGGUUACUAUGAACCAACAGCAGUUAAAGGAAAUCUGGGUCUUCAGCUCAUGUCCCCAACAAUGCCCGAGAAACCCUUUUUGGGUACACGCAGUGCUGCGAUCAUGACAAGUGCAAAUGGAGGUUUUCACCAUAGAGAUAUUGGGGUUUCGCAGCCCAUGCUCCCCAUGGAGUACACGAGGGGAGCUUGGAUUGGCCAGAGAGAAAAAGUUCUCAACGUGUUGCCUGGAAACCAUAAUUAUGCAGCGGUUUUGCCUGAAACAUCUUCAGCUCAUCACAUGGAAAUGUAUCAACCACCUUACUCGGCAAACGAUGAAAAGCUGGAGCAAGUUGAAGAGGCUGGUGUUCUUGAAAAGGUACACCGUCCUAAUAAAAAGAGGCAGCGUCCUAAAGCCCCGAAAACCCCAAAACCAAAGAAGGGUAAGAGAGGCCCUCAAGCACCCAAGCCUGAGGGCAGUCCUUCUGUUCAACGAGUAAGGUCUGCCAAGAAAACCACUGAAAUUAUGAUAAAUGGGAUCAAUAUGGACAUUUCAGUCAUUCCUAUACCAGUUUGCUCAUGUACUGGUCACCCCCAACAAUGCUACCGCUGGGGUUGUGGUGGGUGGCAAUCGGCAUGUUGUACAACAUGCAUAUCUGUGUAUCCCUUGCCUAUGAGUACAAAACGGCGUGGUGCAAGGAUAGCAGGUAGAAAGAUGAGUUUAGGAGCUUUUAAGAAGGUGUUAGAGAAACUUGCUGGUGAAGGCUAUAACUUUUCUAAUCCGAUUGAUCUGAGAACUCACUGGGCUAAACAUGGCACAAACAAGUUUGUCACUAUAAGGUAG